UUAACACCGCGUUGGUUCUUUAAUGUGACUGACCCCAGGGCAGUGGCUCGGCAGUGAUCGACAUGGAGAAUAUGGAUGACACCUCUGGUUCCAGCUUUGAGGAUAUGGGGGAGAUGCAUCAGCGUAUGAAGGAGGAGGAGGAGGUGACAGCCGAGGCAGCAGCUACGGAGGAGGACAACGGAGAAUAUGGAGACUUCCUCGGGAUGAAGGGCUUGAAGGGACAGUUGGGCAGACAGGUUGCCGGUGAGGUAUGGCAGGCAGGAAAGCAACAGGCCUCAAAAGCAUUUAAUCUGUACGCCAAUAUUGACAUCCUCCGGCCGUACUUUGAUGUGGAGCCUAAUCAAGUCAGAAACCGGUUGAUCGAAUCCUUGAUCCCAGUCCGAAUGAUCAACUUUCCACAGAAAGUUGCCGGAGAGCUGUAUGGACCAAUGAUGCUGGUGUUCACAAUGGUGGCUAUUCUGCUCCAUGGCAUGAAGACGUCAGGAACCGUCAUUAGAGAGGGUACGCUGAUGGGAACUGCCAUUGGAACCUGUUUUGGAUACUGGAUGGGAGUGUCUUCCUUCAUCUAUUUCCUUGCUUACCUGUGCAAUGCUCAGAUUACCAUGCUGCAGAUGUUGUCUUUGCUAGGUUAUGGUCUCUUUGGCCACUGUAUGGUCCUUUUCAUCACUUACAAUGUCCACUUCCACUCGCUCUUCUACAUUCUCUGGCUGGUGAUUGGAGGACUCUCUACUCUACGCAUGGUGGCUGUGCUGAUUUCCCGUACUGUUGGUCAGACUCCUCGCCUCAUCUUGUGUGGGACCCUGGCUGCUCUUCACAUGCUUUUUCUGCUCUAUCUGCACUUUGCUUACCAUAAGAUGGUUGAAGGUAUUCUGGAUACUUUGGAAGGACCUAACAUCCCACCCAUCCAGAGAGUGGCCAGAGAUGUUCCCGUUGUUGCAAGUGCUGUUGUAAAUGCCACCAUCAAGUCAAUAGCUGCAGUUGUACAGUCACAGUGAUUAUAUAUAUUUGUCUAUUGAGUCGGUCACAUAGUCCAGUGAGGCUGGUGUAC